UAAAAGAAACAAACCUUCUGCCUGCUAUCUCCCAACGACAAACCUCAAACUCAAGGCCCAGGUCAAGAGAGUCUGAAUGGAAGGUUGACUUUCUCUUUUAGUUUGACUUUCACUGCAAUAUCGAAAGACUCAAACUAGACUGACCUUAGAAGGGAAAUUUGCCCUACACAUACUGUGGAUUUUCUGCUUUGGCAUUUCAGUCACUUGAAUGACCACUAAAGUCUCGAGUUCUGGAACCUCCAGAUUUGAUCUAAAAUGAAUGCUAUUUUAUGUUGAUGAGAAACUGUUUUUCUAUAAAAUUGGGGUGUCUUUAAGACUCUUGACUUGGAAAAGAACUACACGGGAGAAACAAAUCUUUGAGCAGUCCAAGAUCUGCCAGAGGCCUGUCGAUAUUAUCCAAUAAUCCACUAAUUCCAAGUCCUGAGUCUUUGGGCGCCUUUGAUGUGGGAAUUGGCCCCUUCUGCUCUGUACCCACUUUGCAGGCAAUUCUCUGCAACACCAGUUGGGAAUCCUAUAAUUUGCCUCAAUUCUGACACUGUCUACCUGGAGAUAUUACCAGAUCCCACAGCAAGAGCCUCGUGAUCUAGUGGCCAAGACUGCCACUGACCUCUUACCAUGUACCCGAACCCUCUCAUCUACUGCACCUGCUGGGACCCCUGGAACUUGGGACCACGGAAGUUAAUCAAGACACCUCAGCCACCAAGCAAGACCCCAACAGGGAAGCCCAAGCUAACUCCUCUUCCUCCAGCUGCCAAAAACCAAAAGUAUGUCCAACCAAUAACAAAACCUGUUGUUGCCCCAAAAGUAAAAGUCCAGUUAGGAAAACAAGAGGAGAGCAAUAAAUUACCUUAUGAAGUGAUAAAUGUGUCACCUGGCUAUCGCCUCAUUCGAAAUAGGGAGCAGAUUUUCGUCACCUUGGGAGAUGAAAUGUUUGAUAAGAAAAAGCGGUCACAAUCAGACAUCAUGAACAGAUUCAAAGUGUCCAGGACUGAUAUCAUUACUGACCUAGAAGAUCAGAUCUCAGAGCUGACAGUGAUCAUUGAGCAAAUGAACAGAGACCAUCAUUCUGCCCAGAAAUUGCUCUCCAAUGAAAUGGCUCUCCGCUGUGCUGAGAUGCAGCAGAACUUUGAAAACAAGAACAGGGAGCUCAAAGAGGCUCACGAAGCAGAGCUCAGUCAGUUGGAAAACAACUACAAAGCAGUGUUGAAGGCAGAGAAGCUGGCUGCUCAAGAAAAACUAGAUGAGAUGGUAAAGGAAUAUAAGUAUCUGAAGAAUAUGUUUCAUAUGUAUCAGGUGAGAUUCAGAGCUCCUUGGUGGAUUAUGAGAGUAAGAGAGGAUAGCAUUCAUGAUGAAAUGGAGGACAAGUGGUCAAAGAAGAAGGCAAAAUGGGAGGAGGAGGAGAAGUUGGAGCGGGAAAAGAUCCUGCUACAGCAAAAACAGAAUAUAACAAAAAAGUUUGAGUUAGAGUCAAUAGAAGUAAAGAAGAAAAUAAAUGACUCGUACAGUGCCGUCUUCGAGAACUUCAGUCGAGAGAAAGAGGAGCUAUUGAAACAACAUGAAAAAGACACCAUAGAAUUAGAGGAGCUGAAAAAGACCAAACAGGUCAUGGAGGAAGAAUUGAAUACACAAGCUGUUAUCCUAGAAACACUUAACACGACCCUCUACCAAACCCAGAUGGAACUCCAGAGAGAGAAAGCUACAGUGGGAAAUCUGGAGAAAAUGCUCCAGAUCAAGAUUUCUGAAGCUGAAGAAAAGUUUAAAUAUACCAUACAGCUUCUGACAGAAGAAAACAUUCAUCUAAGGAGGAAAAUAAUUGCCAAAAAUGAAGAAAUUUAUGAAGAACGAUCUGGGAGGUCAACCUUUAGUUAUGAAGAUUAUUCUAAUACUUUAGAAGAUUAUAGCAAUGAAAAAUAAGAAUUAUGAGCAGAAAAAUUGUUAGCCAGGGCAAAAGAUGGUAGGAACACCAUCUCUGUAGGCUUAGAGAAUUCUUGUGAGAUUUUCUUGAUAAAUGUGUAUUAUGGGUUUAGUUCCGGGGUUGCCUUGGUUCUACUUUUGUCUUUUCACAAUUUGCUUUCUUCUAAGUGGUUGGGAAUGUUUGAAUUCUCAUCUCAAUUAUACAGAGUUUCAAGACUUCAUUGAAA